AUGUUUUGUUAGUUCUUUUUUUUUCUUUCUUUCCUUCAUCGCGCAAUUUAUCAAAAGCCGCAGUAUUUAACAAUCCCCUCGAUAAAAAGCUGAUAUUUGCGGAUUAUUCUUAAGAUUCUUGAAGUGAACACGAAAUACGAAUUAUUAGUGUCCAGUUUUUUUGGAGAAUUCCGUGUUCUUAUAUUGGGAAUCACUGCGACGACGGGUUUCACCGGGCGAUGUUCAAGGGGAGUGGUGAAACCAAGAACCGCAGAGAGCUGAAACAGGCCCGACAUCGUUAGACGCAUCCGGAUUGGAGUCACCUCUCGGGUUGCAUCGUCGUUGCCAUCGGCUGCCACGGCCGCAGGAUUUUAUUCGAUAAUUCAAUUAAUUUAAUUAGGCGGGACACGCCGUUUUUCCGGCAUUGUUGCCGCAUUUUGGAACGCAGACAGACCUCCCCCACGUAAUUGAAUUACCAUUAUUGUUUAAUUGAAUCAUCCACGGUGUGACGGUGAUCUCCCUCCCUUGUCGUUCACGUUGAGGAGUCAAUGCACGUCGAUUGAAUUCGGAAUAUGAGAUGGCCAGGCUUCUAGCAAACUUAACAAUUUAUCUGUGUCUACUGUUCAGCUUUAUCAAGGCUAAUGAGAAUGACGGUAACGAUGUUCAGGAUACAACGGCAACGAAGGUAGUUUACAAAACACCAGAAGUCUCGGGAUUCGUGUAUUUGGUCGAGACGUUCGACGAUGAGGAGAAAUUCAAGAGGACUUGGGUCCUCUCGGAGGCAAAGAAAGACUCUGUCGACGAGGACAUAGCAAAAUACGACGGAAUUUGGUCUGUAGAAGAACCCAAGAAACAUGCUCAAGAGGGAGACUUGGGAUUAGUUCUUAAGAGCAAAGCUAGACAUGCUGCUUUGUCGACUAUGUUAUCCAAGCCGUUUUAUUUUAAUGAUAAUCCGUUAAUUGUACAAUAUGAAGUAAAUUUCCAAGAAGGCCAAGAAUGCGGCGGGGCUUAUUUAAAGCUACUUACUCUGGACCCGGACCAUCAAGAUUUAAAGAAGUUUCACAAUAAAAGUCCUUACACUAUAAUGUUUGGACCUGAUAAAUGUGGAAACGAUCACAAGUUGCAUUUUAUCUUUCGACACAAAAAUCCUCUAAAUGAUUCUAUAGAAGAGAAACACUGUAAGAAACCUAGAGAGCGUUUGGAAGAUUUUUUCAAGGAUAAGCAGCCUCAUCUAUAUACUUUGAUCAUCCGGCCAAACAAUAGUUUUGAGAUCAAGAUCGACAAUAAAAUAGUCAAUUCUGGAUCUCUAUUGGACGACUUCACUCCACCAGUUAAUCCACCUUUGGAAAUAGAAGAUCCUGUUGAUGUUCAGCCAGAGGACUGGGAUGAUAAAGAAAAGAUUCCUGAUCUAUCAGCUGUUAAGCCAGAUGAUUGGGACGAAGAUGCGCCAGCUCAAAUCGUUGACGAAGACGACGUUAUGCCCGAAGGAUGGCUCGAGGAUGAACCCCCUAUGAUUCCCAACCCUGACUCUGUGAAACCCGAGGAUUGGGACGUUGAAAUGGACGGAGACUGGGAACCUCCAGAAAUUCCAAAUCCAAAGUGUGCCGACGCGCCUGGAUGCGGACCAUACAAACAAAAGAUGAAAAAAAAUCCUCGGUACAAGGGGAAAUGGACACCACCCAUGAUCAACAAUCCCAAUUACAAGGGGAAAUGGAAACCAAGAUUAAUACAUAAUCCUAAUUACUUUAACGAUGAGCAUCCAUUCCGGAUGAUGCCUAUUUUUGCUGUGGGUUUUGAACUUUGGUCAAUGUCCACGGAUAUUCUUUUUGAUAAUAUUCUUAUUGCUGAUGAUGAUGAAGUUGCAAGGAAAUGGGCGGAAGAUACGUUCGAAGUACGCCGGGCUCGAAUUGCGGAGGAGAGUUGGAGUGUAUGGCGUCAAAUUGGCACAUUUACUGCAGAACAUCCCUGGAUAUGGGGUAUAUAUAUAAUAGCUCCUGGCUUCCCCAUAUUGCUAAUAAUAUAUUGUUGCUGCUUUGCCUCCCAGGACAAAUACGAUCUAAAGGACGAAGAUAAACAGCCUUUAGAACCAAAUGAACAAACAGCACAGAAACAAGAAGAAACAGAAAAUCCGCUGUCUAGUGCCGAGGCAGAGGAGGAAACUGAAAAGUUGAAUGAAAAUGAAGAAAUAAUAGAGAAUGAAGAUAAUGAUAAUCCAGCAAUAGGUGGCGAUGGACCACGACGAAGAAAACCAAAUAAAGAAUAGAAUGAAUUAAAAUUAAAGGAAUUCGUAAUGCUAAGGUAUUUAUGCAACACUCACAUUCCACUUGAACACUUGCCAUUGUGAAAGUUUGAAUUUUUUUCAAUAUAUAAUUAUAUAUAAAAUGUUACUAGGAGCCAGAUUUCUAUCUAAACAUGAAUUUAGGUAUUUGGUUCUCGUGUGUAAUUUUUCAUUAAGUCAUACUUUUUAAGCAAAGUAAUUUUCACAUUGAAGCAUAUUUCUCACCCGUAUGAAUGAUAUAAAUACUUAAAAA